CAAAUUGUUAAUUAAGCUAGGCCCUGUUACGCCCGUCAGGCCUACGUUAUUUCCAAUAGUGAGGUUAAGAUCUCAUUCACUGCUGUGCUAGUAUUAUUGACGUCACUCACUUUUAUAUUUGUCCUAAAUCUGGAGCCAGGAGAAAGACAAUAGCCAGUGACAUCAACAAGAUUAGCAUAACGAUGUGGCCAUCCGAUAUAUGCGAGGGAAAUUUAAUGGAAAUGCAUUGGAACGGGACUGGAGAUUUUGUCCGAAAUAGGCGAAAUCCGUUAUAAAACAUCUGAUAUAUGCAAUGAAUUUUUAUUGGAAAUGCAUUACAGAAAAAUCAGUUCUUUUUUAUCUGUCCGUUGUGAGCGAAUUUCCGAUAUAUCCGAGUCCGAUAUAUCCGAGGUUUACUGUACUAUCUUUGUAGUUUUUAAUUUGUAGGCAGACAUUGUCAUUUGAAUCAGCCCAUGUUUUCUUCUAUUCAUCCAGAAUCCCUUCUUACUUUUAGAAGUGCAUAUUAAAAAAAAUAAUUUCUGGAUUUUUUUUUUGGUUUUCUAUCCUUUGCAAGAAAUCAAAUGAAUAGUAAUAAUAGGACACAUAAAGUGAUGCUAAGCCAACAAUGGGGUAGUAAAAACAAGCCAUAAAAGCAAAUGUUUAUGAUGGGGGCAGGAUCCACUUUUCAUAAGUUUAAGUUGCACCAGUCAAAGCGCCAUCAUGUCAAAUUAGUCACACUUUUUGAAAUUGACGGAUAUACAGGAGUUAAUGCACCUAAUAGUUGCUUUUGUAGUCUGAAUGAAGGCUAUAAAUGUAGAAAGGUGAAAUCAUUCAUUCUCGUCGGGUGGCAUGUGGACAAUUCCACAGCCUCACUCUUGACCUUUAUCUGUAAAAAAGCCUCCAGUGUGAGCUUGUGUGCUUUUAUCUAAAUGGUGUCAGCUUAGCAGACUAUCUGUGUGAGAGAGUCGGCUAUCGGGAAGCUAAUUCAUCAAGACACAUAAACACACACACACACCAUGUUGGGCAACCUCACACAUUUUUGUUAUUGGAUUUCCACUUCCUGAAUUAAGCAUAUUGCACACAUACACUUUUGUCAUAUAUCUUAAUAAUUAACCUCCGCUUUUUGUCAUUAAAUGUUAUUUGUUCCGUUAUGCGGUACAUGAAUGAAGUAGUACAUAAGUAUGUUUGUUUGCAAAACUCCUAUAUGGCGUGGGAGUCGGUGUACAUAAUGAAUGAGUACAAACAAAACAAAGCAAAAACAUACGAAAAUAAAAUGAUUCAAAGAAAAAAACAAAAUAAAAAAAUGGCACAAAGUAAAAAAAAAAAGUGUGCAUGGCAACAAUGACCAUUGGACUCUGCGUGAUAAACACCUGUUCCGUUUCAUGGGCGUAAAAAAUAGAAGCAGAUAUGCGCUUUGUAUGGGGCGGAGUGGGCGGAGAGAGAACCGACUAUAAAUCAACGUGUUAUCACACCACUCGUAAUGCUUAGCAAACCUUUUUGACACGACGCGCACCUACAUCACAUCCGAUGCUUUGAUUAGCGCUGCGGCGUGGAUUCAUACGCUUCCUGACGACUUAACGGGACCCGAGGAGGGGGAGGAGGGGGUGGCGCGCCGUCAUGGAUCCCAUUGUGGAAGUAGUCGCCUUGGUGCUGGGCUUCCUCGGCUGGGUGAUGGUGGGGGUCGCUUUGCCAAACCGUUACUGGAAGACGUCCACCGUGGACGGGAACGUCAUCACCACAUCCACCAUCUAUGAAAACCUGUGGAUGUCCUGCGCCACCGAUUCCACCGGCGUUCACAAUUGUCGGGAAUUCCCGUCUCUGCUGGCUUUGAAUGGCUACAUCCAGGCAUCACGGGCCUUGAUGAUCACAUCUGUUGUGUUGGGUACCUUCGGCUUGGUGGCGGCCCUUAUCGGCUUACAGUGCUCCAAAGCUGGAGGGGACAACUACGUCCUCAAAGGGAGGAUAGCCGGCACCGCUGGAGUCCUUUUCAUACUUCAAGGUUUGUGCACAAUGGUGGCCGUGUCCUGGUACGCCUUCAACAUCACGCAAGAAUUCUUUGACCCGUUCUACCCCGGAACCAGGUACGAAAUAGGGGAGGGGCUUUACAUUGGAUGGUGCUCGGCCGUGCUCGCCAUCGCUGGGGGGGCGUGUCUGACGUGCUCCUGCAGGAUGGCGUCGCAGGAAAAGUACCCUUUGCCUCAUCAAACAAGAGGAACCGUUUAUUCCGGACCAGCCCGCACCAGAAGUGUGGUUGCCAGCACUUAUGGUCGAAAUGCAUACGUUUGAAUAACAUCCAGUAAAAGAAUAUUUUUUAUUUUGUACAUAGUCAAAUAUUCACAUGAAAUCUAUGAAUCUCCAUGUACAGUAAAUGUGUGUAUUUGUAUAGGUAUUUUUUUUUUACAAUGUGCACAGUAAAUGUGUAUUUUGGGUCAUUUUAAUAUGAACAUUUGAGUAA